GCUGGACGCCGGCCACGCAACGCAACUAUCCCCACUUCACCGCGCGGAAAAAACAAAGAGAUUCCCCUUUGCUCUACAGGAAGCGCCGACGCCGUUGAUGGAAUUCGGAAGGACCAAAGCUGCUGCCGUAGCCCUGAUCCCCGAAGCGACCUUCCGCCGGUCCAGUCUGUCCUUCUCGGCCUCCGCGACGCCGUGGUCCCGGGAGGUGUGGGUCAACGCAUCCAAAUAACGGCUCUUCCAGAGGAAAACACUGCUGAAUUUCUCAGCUGGUGCCUAGUGGUGGGAAAUAAAGCUAGGGACCCAGCAUCCUUGUGAUAGCAAUCACAUCAUUGGUGUUGUUUUUUCAGCUUACGCUGAAACUAGACUGAUCAAGAAGGCGACCAGCUGUCAAAAUGCAUAGACAGAAGAACCCAAACUCUGGGUGGGCUGCGUUUGAUCGCAAGCAGCGCAGUGCAGAUGGCAGUGGGUAUGAAGGUGAUGCUGAUCCAUUUCCGUCUCUCUCAAAUUCUGGAGCCUCUAAUAUUGCUAGUAGCUCCAUUACAGAAAAGAAUGGGCUAAAACGAAAGCCCUUUGCUUCAGUGGUUCGCCCUUCUGUUGAUUCUGGAGCUGUUAGUACUGGAUGCGGAAAUAAGAAUUCUGCUAAUCACGUGGACAGCGGGAAUCACGGUGCAAUCUCUGCACCUCUUAAUAAAGUUAAGAUCUUGAAAGAUGCACACAGUUGGGCCGACAUUCACUUAAUUGAGGAUGUACUAGCUGCUGUGAAUAAUGAUGUCGGACAAGCAUCUGAUUUGUUGAAAGUUAUGGACUCUCCUGCCUUGCAGACUGGAGAGGGCAGAACAUCUGGCCAACUGGCUGAUGUGAUGAAUAAAACACACGGAUCACCAUCAGAAAGUGCUGCAGCAGGCAAAGCAAAUCCAGAUAGCUCACAGUUGUUGCUGCCCCUGAUGAACUUUCCCUCUAUACCCUUGCAGCCUGAAUUCGAAGAUAUUGAUGAUGAAUACUUCAGCUACCGGAAAGAUGCAUUGAAAAUGAUGAGGGCUGCCACAAAGCAUUCCCAGUCUGCCAGUAAUGCAUUUUUGAGAGAUGACCAUGCUGCUGCCAAGGAACUUUCUCUCAGAGCUCAGGAAGAGCGGGCAGCUGCUGAAAAGCUAAAUAACAAGGCAGCGGAAGAAAUUUUUCGCCUUAGGAAUAGCAAUAAUGACAUCUGGAAGAUAGACAUGCAUGGUCUUCAUGCAUCAGAGGCUGUGGCAGUAUUGGAGAGGCAUCUCCACAUGAUAGAGUUCCAGCAACCUGGGAAUAAGUCAGCCUCAUCUGAGGACUUAGCUAAGUUGGAAUCUGCAUAUUCUGAAUCAACCACUGGUUCAAACAUUGAGCUUGCUGCUGAGAAGGUGGUCUUACGCCGGCCUAAGCAGUCUAUCUUACAUGUGAUCACAGGGAUGGGUAACCAUAGCAAAGGGCAGGCUUCACUACCUGUUGCCGUUAGGGGUUUCCUUAUUGAGAACGGGUAUCGAUUUGAUGAGCUGAGGCCUGGUGUUUUUGCGGUUCGUCCAAAAUUCCGCCGCAGGUGAACCUGUGGAAGUUUGUACAAUUGUAACAUGGUGGUGGCUUGGGGUGAUUAUGUGCUCUAAAUUUUACACUAAAAUUUAAGGAUCAAAUCGGAUUAGGAUCAGACUCUAUUUUUAUUAUGAAGUAGAUCCUUCGGUACCUCCACGGCAUCACCGACUUCGUCCUUCUCCUUCAUCGAUUUGCGACCGUUGUUCUCGUUUUCUACACCGAUACCGAUUAGGGUGGUUAUCCCGAUACCUGUCGGUUCACUUUCGGUUUUGCCGUCUUUCUUAGCGACAACCUCGUCUCUUCUGGUCUUCGAAGCGACAGCCUGUCGUCUCCCGCUCCAGCGCCGAGUCGACAUGGCUUCGUCAGCUGCUCCAGAAGCUACAAUGUUCGUUGACUCGAAGCACUUUUGUCUACUGUGAUAACAUCAGCGUCAUAUACUUCUCCUCCAACCUUAUCCAGCAUCAGCGCUCGAAGCAUGUCGAUCUCGACCUACAUUUCCUUCGCGAGUGGGUUGCCGUCAAAGAUGUGCGGGUUCUUUAUGUCCCGACUACUUAGUUUGUCGACAUCUUCACCAAGGGCUUCCCUGCGUCGAUGUUCGAUGACUUUCAGUCCAGUCUCAACAUCUCCCGUAGCUAGAGUUUUGACUGUGGUUAAUGUGUAUUCAGUGUAAUGGGCUAUGUAUUCAGUGUAAUGGGGCUUUGUGUAAUGGGCUUAGGUCCAACAUCUAUAUUAUAAAUUUAGCACACGACCUUGAUAAGGGUUAGGGUUUCAGUCCAA